UCCGUUUUCGUUCCUUUCCCUCCCUCUUCUCUCCGGAAGCGUCUCCCAGGUGUCCUCCGACUCCCGAAUCGAAGGAAAGAAGACGACCCCGAGACCCUAACCCUAACCGUAGAAAUCGUUCUCGAUGAGAUGGGAGAUGGAGAUGGAGGUGGUGCUGGACAGGAUCUGGGACCUCCACGACAAGAUCAGCGACGCCAUCCACGACAUCUCCCGGGCGCACUUCCUCAAAUCCGUAAAGGCCCUGAGCCAAUCCGCCCGGGAGAAGAAGCACCCUCCGCCGGCGGCCGGAGGGGGCGGUGAUGGCGGGAGCGGGUUCGUUUACGUGAAGGAUUUCCGAGAGGAGGAGGACGACGCGGCGAUGGCGGAGGCGAGGAGCCUCAACGCCAUACGGACCGCCCUCGAGAAUCUCGAGGACCAGCUCGAGUUCUUCCACACUGUACAAUCACAGCAGCAAGCAGAACGAGAUGCUGCAAUAGCAAGGUUAGAGCAAAGUCGCAUUAUCCUUGCAAUGAGGUUGGCUGAUCAUCAGGGAAAGAAGUACAAAGUCAUUGAAGAAGCUAUGGAGUUUGUUGGAGAUGUGCCUGAUACAGGUCGUUUUGUCUCGCCAGAAAACCUUUAUGAGAUGCCAAGGAAUCAGUCAGGUGGUAAUUUAGAAAUUCAUGAAGGAAAAAGGUCGCGUGUCUUGGUGCAGAUGUUAAUUUCUGGUCUGGCUUUAGCCAAGAAAUCAUUUAGAUUGGAAAGGAUUGACAGUGUAUUAGGGAAUGCUGCUAUAUUUGCUGUAAGUAUGCUUGCUUUUCUACAGGUACAUCAAGUGGCUUUCAGAACUGAAACUCUGCAGAUACAAGAUCAGGCAUUUUACAGGAGAAAUGGAAAGAAUAUUUCUCGGUUGGAUAAUUCUUCUCAGACUAGUCAGAUGAAACAUUUCGAUGUGUUAUCAGCUAGGGGCUAGGGCAAAGAUUUUGAUUGGAUGAAUGCUUAUACACGAUGUUUUUUUAACUUGUUAAGUGGAAUUGUUAUAGCACAAUCUUUUGGAGCAUGGUGUCUUCUAAUUGUUGCAGCACGAAAUGUGUAAUCAUAUUUUGCUUAGUAUUAGUUUGA